AUGCUUCGACUGCUACGUUUCUAUCAACCGCUCUUAGCACUCAAACGAAGCUCAAGCUCCACUUCGAAGAGGCCCCUAGAGGAUGCUGUGGCUAUACGCAGGCAGGAAUCAGCGUACUACGCACGAUUUUCACGCAAAUACCCAUCGCAAAUUGGGCCACUUUCCAUGGAGGCAGUGGACCGAACAACUCGCUACCUGACAAUACGAGGUCUCAGCCAUACACAAGCAUUACGUGCUAUUUCUCAUCAUGUCAUGAUCACACGCUACUCGCCAGAAAUGAUGGAACGCAAAAUCAAUUGGUUGAGUAACUUAGGUCUCAGCCAGGACAACAUCAACACUAUUAUUGUGCGCCAACCUAGCAUUUUAGGAUCUGCAUUGGAAAAGCAUGAAAAUCUUGUCAGAUGGUAUACUGACCACGGGGUGCCAAAGCACAAAAUGGUCUAUGUUUUCAAAGUGUUUCCAGGGGGUGUAGCUUUCAGCCUCGAGAAAUUGAACACGAAAGUUGAAUUUUUCAAAGGGCUUGGCUGCGAAAAUGAUCAAAUCGCGCGUAUCCUGAGAAUGGCUCCGCAAGUGCUGGCUUAUAGUGUCGAAAAGAUGCAGGCCGCUGUGCAUUAUUUGGAAAAACUAGGUGUUCCUUCGGAGCAAGUUCCAGCUAUCACAACGAGAGUACCUCAGUAUCUCGGCUUGAAAACGACGCGAAUCAAGGAAACUGUCGAUACACUUGAUGACAUGUUUGGCCCAAUGGCAGGUGUUCAGGCUUUAAUUUCAAACUCUCGCAUUGUGAUGCACAAAGUAAGCAGUUUGCGCCGAUCUUACAACUUUUUGCUGUCGGUUGGCUAUACAAAAGAGCGACUAGUACAAUGUAUGAGGUUCGUCACGCGAAGUGAAAGUCGCAUUCUGCGCCCGCGUGUCCAGUUUCUCAAAGCACAGGGCGUUGAUGUGGUUGAGAAUGUCUCGUGGAUUCUAAUGCCAGAAAAUCAAUUUAAAAUAAAAUACUCUGGCUAUUCAUCUUUCUUCGCGCGGUACAUAACACGACCGAAGAAACGCCGGAUGUGA